AUGAACAAGUUUCUACCAACGUCUCAAAUUGAUUGGCUUCUAAUGGAUAAACCAACGGUCGACCCUAUUUUGUUAGGACUCGGUGAACAUAAUGAUAAUGGUAUGCAAGAAUUAAAUGAUUUGUUCUCAGAUCCAUGUGAAGACCUUCACAGGAAAGAGCGUUAUGCUACUGAUUCCUCCAAUCAAUUUGAAGUAGACGGAGGUUCAUGUGUUGAUUCGGAAUGCCACGAACCGUGGGAGGUAAAUUUCUGCUCAUCCGGAGUAAAUAUGACAACAUCUGGAACAUCAAGGUUUAAAUCUAGCAUAACUAUUGGUGUCCCCAAGCCAUCUCAAAGUACACUCAAAAUGAUGUAUAAUGAACGUGACGGUCUUGGCACCAUAAAAUGCGACGAUCCAGCUAAUCAGUCUUGCGAGGAGGUUGCGAAAAUUGUUGACAAGCACAAUACUCUUGAGUAUUCCAGAAGUUUGACCCCUACAGAACCAUUUGUUAAGCGACGUCUGACAACUCAGGAAGUACCUGAACAUUCACCUAUAAGUACGGCUACCCAUUGCCAGUUUAGAGAUACAGGGCCUUUAAGCUCAUUUGGCUCAUUCCAGUCUUCUAAUAAAACUCAUGACUUCCUAACCUUACGCUGUGAUUUUUCUAAUCCCGAGGUUGGUUCUUUCGCUCCACACACAGAACCUUCAGUCAUGUUUUCAAUUCCCAUGGUUAUGCCUCCUGUAGAUCCUUUGAAUCGUCGCGAAACUUCUGAAGUCGAUUCUCAAAUCUUAAAAGAAACGGAAAAAGUAUCUCCGAAUUCCAGUCCUGUUUGUCGUCGACCUGGCCUUUUGAAAGGAUCGGGCCCUUCUUCUCCUUCUGCUGCUCAUCAUUGCAAUCUUUGUGGUAAGCAAUAUCGUCAUGUUGCUUCUUUAAGGAAUCAUAUGCGUAAACAUACAUCAGGAGCGCUUACUUCAAAGCGAUAUAAGUGCAACCACUGUGUGUAUUCAAGCCAGUACCAUCGUAACGUGAUCAAACACAUGGAAGCAACUCAUCGUGAUCAUGAAGCACUCUCAACAAACAACACCACUGUUUUUCCUGAGAUCGGUUCUGCUCCGUGUGAUUCAGUCGCUUCUGAUGACUUAAAGUCGGGUUUUAUUAACUCUCGCGUUUGGAUUCCAUGUACCAAAGCUGAGCCGAAUGCCUGUUGUACCAUGUCUAGUACAACUGAUUCCAAAGAGUUCCCAAUCUUUUCAAAUGUUGAACAAUCCAUUGGUUUUCCAGCUCCAAACCUAGAAUCUUAUAUUGUUUCACGUCAAAUAUCAUCAAAUUAUGACUCUAGAAUGGCGAACAAGCAUUAUGAAAGCGAUCAUGUUGGUAAUUUAGGGACAGUAAUGAUCCCUAAUGAUGCCUCUAAAUCCUAUCGAUGUGACAUUUCAGGUUGUGAUCAGGCAUUCCAGUCUGUUAAAUAUCUAUCAAAUCACAUAAAGGAUUCACAUCGGGAUAUAAAGAGAUUCAAAUGUCCACUUGAAGGAUGCUCAUUUUGUGGGCUACGUCGUAUGCACCUCAAACGCCAUAUUACUGAGUUUCACAGUGAUAAAAAACUAUCUCUGUACAAAAUGUUGGACCAAAAUCGACUUCAUCAUGAGCCGUUUAAUUCUGUCCAACCUGUAAUGAUGUAUAGUAGACAGGAAGGUCUCGCACUCAAUGUAACAAAAUUAUCCGACAGUCAACCAUUAAAACGGCAAUGUUACAAUUCUCAGAUGAAUAAUUAUAUCCCUUUGGAUCCUUCUUAUGCUAGUGACAACUCGUACCACGAUCCUGGCUGCCGUGGAAGUGAUGUAUAUUCUUUUCCGAUGUCAAGUUUUUCACAUCCAUCUGGAGAUUGUUGUGUCUCGGAAGAUACUGAUAGUAUGUUAUUCAACCGCCCAGCCUCUAAAAGCUUCGAACAGAAACCUCAUUCAUUUAUCCGCAUGUCAAAUCAAAUUAAUAGACCCUUUGAAAAUACGUCUAGUAGUAACAUGCCGUUCCAUAAUGAACAAUGUUUAUCUGUGAACAAAGCCCGUUCAACUAACCCUUCGAGCGAUUUUCAUAUCCAGUCUCCAUAUCCUCUUUCCGUAUCAAACCAGUCAGUUCAUUAUCACCAACGUGAUCCAAGUACAUUGGACAAUGACCUUCAGUUAUCAUGUGAAAUUGUGAAUAGCGAGUCUUUGCAGGAACAACAGGAAUUCUUCUCACAAAAUACAGUAUAUUCUAAUGUAAAAUCACUGUCUUUUAGUCCAAAUGACCCAUCUACUAAUCGUAUGACUGAACCUGAUGUAGUCGAACAGCUUUUAGAUUCGACAAAUGCUCCGAAUAUAGUUUUGGACCAGAUUCUGUGUGAGCCAAUUGAACCAAAUAAAGAUGAUGAAGUUAGAGUUGAGACAUCCACAUUGUCUACUGCAACUUUGAAUUCCUCUCAAACGUCUCCUUUGAAUCCCAAAGUUCUGUCCAAUAAUGUAAAAAGUUCUGUACCUGGAGCAAAUAUGUCGAUUAACAUUGUACAUACUAGCAAUAUGCUCUCAGAGACUGAUGCAUUCUUAUCCGAUUUACAAGAAAUCCUCGAACGUGACAUGCCCAUGUUGACAUCUUCAACGCCUAAGGGUCUUGAUUCUUCAGAGCUUGUUUUAGUCACUAUCAAAGAAGCUGUUUCUGAGUCGAAAUCUCCCACCGGAAUAACUGGAUGUAAGCUAACAAGCACAUCGUCACUACCAAGCACUGACUCUGGACAUGAAUGUUGGAGCAGUAGCAGUAGUUGCAGUGUCGGUCCUAAUAAUGCUUCCACAUGGGGUCAGCAAGAAGCUGCAACUCCUUUGAAAGUUUCUUCUCCGUCUUCAUCUUCAUAUCCAUCUAACCAACCUUCUGGAACAAAUCACUCAACUCCUAGUAUUUUUGAUAAUCAGGUUACGGAGCAAAUUAUCAAUGAACAGUUCUCUGAUCAUGAUUCUCGUGACCAACCGUCAGGCAAAUGUUUCAGUACUCCCCACUGUGCAGCUGUUACCGUUGAUGGCAUGCCAGUCAUUCCGCAAAUGUCAUCAGUCGUCGGAUCACAUCAAACAUUACCUUUAAAGUCAAAUAAGAAUGUUCGCUUAAACAAUGCCAGUCAACUUUUUCAUGGUCAUUCAUCUUAUCCUCACAGUACUAACUUCGUGCAAAAUUCCCAAUCUCCUACUUAUAAUUCUGAAAACCCCCGUCUACAAUAUUCACAGGAUCAUAGUGCUUCCAACCAAAUCUCUUUUAUGUACAGAUCUUCAGGUGAUCAGUCAGUGAAUCAGCAAAGUUCUGUUCCAUUUUACUCAAGUCAUAAUUCUUAUGUGUCAAAUGAUUUAACGUCCAAUCAGGCAAUGUUCAGUUAUCAGCAAAAUGAAGUUCAACAGAUGUAUCAGUAUUCAUUCAAUCCAUCAUCCUUACAUUCAGAGCCAACUUAUCAUUCCUCGUACGUUCAGCCAAAAUAUAAAAACUAUAGACCUAAUGAGACUGAUGCACGACUAACACCGUUCAAGAACUAUCCACCCAACCCUCAGGAGCAGGUUUACUGGCAGCCAAAUGCUAAGUAUCGUACAGGCCCUUACGAACAAAUGCCUAACAAUCCUCCUAUAUCAUGCCGCAACAUGGUUUUUAAUGCACAUGAAUCAUAUCCUUUUGAAAAUUCAAUUCCUUAUUCACAAAACAGCUCGAUAUCAACGCGAGUUACUGAUUCUAUACUUAGUGAUAUUGAAAAUAAAUCUACGCAUAAUCUUCGACAUUCAGAUCAACUAUCUCUGCGAAAUUCCACUUGUCCUACUCCAAAGUAUGUUAACUUUCCUGAUACAGACAAUCUCCCUUGUGAUAGAACUUUUCAAACAACUCAACAGCCGGUUAGUAAACGUUGGCCUACUCAAGAACAACAUUUAUUUAACCCUUAUAGUUCAUAUCCUUCGUCAAACUAUACUCCUAAUAUGCAAAUAACAUCCCCGAUGUAUCCAGUUAGGCAACCAUCCAUACAUUCCAUUUCACGUGUUAGAUCAGAAGAUUCCAAUUCGUGUAUAAAUUCAUCAAACCGUAUGCAAAAUCAUGGAUCUUAUUUUUCAAAUCAACCUCCUUCAGCUUCACAAUAUUUCUCAAAUUCUGCUUGUUAUUCACAAUCAUGUUCAAGUCAUGUUUUUUCACCUCAUUCCCAGUAUACACCAUCUCAAUCUGUUUAUCGUGACAUGUCACAAAAUGAAAACUACCUUAUUGGUGAUAGGCGUUAUUCCACUUCACAAUCCAAUUCAACUAUCCAAGCAAAUAUUAGACAUUCGAACAUGGGAGUUAUUGGGAAUUGGUCUGUAGACAAAAAUUCGUUUUAUGUAGGAAAUCAACAAGAAACUAUAAUUUCACAAGGAAUCAACAAUUCUAAUGUAGUUGGAUAUUCAACAGAAUCUAAUCCAUCUAAUAUUGAUCAACAUCCGGAUAGCUGUCAACAAUUUAUACCCAAUCCACAAAAUUCACAUUUCAUUUCAGACUCAAUGGAUCAUAUGAACUCGUCGUUGGAUAACCCAUCGUCUGGACCAUUAUGUGAAUAG